GCAAGCAUCUAUAAGACCAAGACGCGAAAUAUGUUUAUUUCCGUUCUCAAAGGGAAAUGAUCACGAUGUAAACACACUUGAUAUUUUCACGUGAUCGUGAUUCUGAGAUAAUGAUUAUGAAAGAACAUAACAAGUUAAAUACAUGAUCAUUAUAACAAAUAGGAUAAAAAUUAGUAAUGGGACAUGCAAACAAAUUUCUCCUCCUGCUAUGGAAGAAUUACCUGAUACAGAGGAGAAAGAUCUUCACCACUAUACUGGAGAUAGCUCUGCCCACCUUCUUUGGUUUGAUCUUGGUACUAAUUCGCCUGAGGGUCACCGGACAGCAGGUCCCCAAUGGCCAGAAUUGGUCUGCUUGUUCAGAUAUAUUCGAGAUGCCGAGAUCAUCCUUUCCAAAGAAGCUUGCUUUCACACCUGACAUUCCUUUAACUCAGUCUCUGAUGGCGAAAGUAAAAGACUCCAUGGGAUAUUUUACAGACAUUCAGGGAUUUAAAACAGAACAAGAAAUGACCAGUUUCCUGAUCAUUGCCAACAAAACUGUGAACAACACAGCCAGCUAUCUGGGAGGAAUUGUCUUUGACAGCGUCACUAGGGAGAACCAAUUUACAGAGCAGAUCAGCUACAAGAUUCGCCUCAGCUCGUUUCCUAGACACGGACGAGGGACGGGCAACCUGAAUCCAGCCAAGCAAGACAAGGAAUGGUUCACAGAGUUCAUGUUUCCUCUCUAUCAGGUCCUUGGUCCCCGAGACAACAGCUCUAAAUGUGGGUCUGUUCCAGGUUACUACAAGGAAGGCUUUCUUGCCCUACAAACCAACAUAAACAAAGCAAUCUACAAGACAAUGGUAGGAAACGAUACCACGGGACGUCAGAGACUAUCAGAGUUGGACAACAACAUUCAAUUGAAGCGACACCCCUACCCACCGUACAACGAUGACAAAUUUGUCCUUGUUAUUCAGCAGCAAUUCCCACUGAUUCUGAUCCUCAGCUUUGUGCUGGUGGCACUCAAUGUUGUAAAAGAUGUGGUUCAUGAAAAAGAAAGGAAACUGAAGGAGUCCAUGAAGAUGAUGGGACUGAACAGCUGGUUACACUGGGUUGCCUGGUUUACCAAGUACUUCAUUUUCUUGUUGAUCACGUCGGCCAUCAUGACCAUCUUCCUGACGAUGAACACAGCCGAGGGACGGGUCAUCGGAAAGACCAAUCCGUUAAUCAUCUUCCUAUUCCUGAUGUGUUUCUCCAUGGCAACCAUUGCCUUCUGUUUUCUUGUUAGUUCAUUCUUCUCCAAAGCUAACUCCGGGGCUGCAGCAGGAGGAAUUAUUUUUUUCCUGAGUUACAUCCCUUACCUGUUUCUCCAGCAGAGGUAUGCCACCCUGUCCUGGGGGGCAAAGGUCGCCUCCUCCCUGGUCUCCAACAUCGCUAUGUCUUACGGGGGUCAGGUCAUCGGAAUGUUUGAGGGGACAGGUGCUGGUAUCCAGUGGUCCACGUUUGAUAAAGGGGCGUCGGUGGAUGACAACUUUGCCAUGCUCCACAUCAUUAUCAUGCUGUUGGUGGAUACGGUGCUGUAUAUGAUGCUGACUAUUUACAUAGAGGGGGUGUUUCCUGGGGAAUAUGGCUCCCCUCUCAAAUGGUAUUUUCCAUUUACUAAAUCCUACUGGUGUGGAACCACUGCCUCAGAUGAUGUUCCAGAUGACAAGAGGAUUAGUAUUGGUCAGAAUCCAGAUUUCUUUGAGACUGAUCCAGUUGGAAUCCGAGCUGGGAUCCAGAUCCGUAAUCUCAGGAGGGUUUUCGGCAAGAAAGAGAACUGCAAGGUGGCAGUGGCCGGGAUGUCAUUAGAUCUGUAUGAAGGGCAGAUAACUGCGCUACUAGGUCACAAUGGAGCAGGGAAGACAACAACUAUGUCCAUGCUUACAGGCUUUCUGCCCCCUAGUGGUGGCACUGCCAUUGUGAAUGGCUAUGACAUCAGAGAGGACAUAGGCAAUGUGAGGAGCAGUCUAGGACUCUGUCCUCAGCAUGACAUCCUGUUUGACACCAUGACUGUCGAGGAGCACCUCAUCUUCUUUGCCAAGUUAAAAGGCUGCCCCUCAAACAAAGUGAAACAGGAAGUAGAAGACAUGCUGUUGUCCAUCAAUCUGGUCAACAAGAGGAAUGCUCCGAGUAAGACACUGUCCGGGGGUAUGAAGCGGAAACUCAGUGUAGGAAUUGCUCUUAUUGCUGGCUCCAAGAUUGUGAUUCUGGAUGAGCCAUCAUCUGGAUUGGAUCCAGAUGCCAGGCGACAGAUCUGGACUGUCCUCCAGAAGAACAGAGCCGGUCGUACAAUGCUCCUGACCACACACUUCAUGGAUGAGGCUGAUCUCCUUGGAGACAGGAUUGCCAUCAUGGCCGACGGAAUUCUGAAGUGUUGUGGAAGUUCCUUGUUUCUGAAGAAUAAGUAUGGUGCUGGAUAUCACAUGGUCAUCGCCAAAGAGCCAAACUGCAAUGUCGACCAAGUUACAUCAACGGUGAAGAACUACGUACAACACGCGGAGAGGGAGAGUAACAUAGGUGCAGAGCUCUCCUUUCGCCUGCCUCACAACAGCACCGGAAUGUUCCCCGCUCUGUUUGAUGAUCUAGACAGCAAUAAACAGAAGUUGGGUAUAUCUAGUUAUGGAGUCUCAGUCACCACUAUGGAGGAAGUUUUCAUCAGAGUUGGAGAAGGAACAGACAAAUCUCUGUCAGGUAUUCCAGGACAUCACAAAAACAACAUGAUUCACAAUAGCGUCAACAUGGACCUCACAGUUAAUGGCGGAUAUCAGGAUUUAGAUCUCACCAUUGAUGGUGAACACAAUAAGGACAGGCAACUCCAGGCUCAGCAGUUUUACGGAAUGUUUAUCAAGAGAGCACUUCACACCCUCAGAAACAAACUGGUGUCAGCAACUCAAAUUCUCAUUCCGCUGUUCUACACCAUCAUGGCUCUGAUUGUGGUAAAGACAUUCCCUGGACCUCAUGACUCUAAACCACUCACCUUGGUAGUGGAGAAAUAUGGAGAGAACACCAUAGCUUACAGUGACAAUGGCUUUGUAAACAAGUCUUUGAUUGGUCAGUUCUAUGGCAACCAAUUUCAAAGCAGCAAAGAUCAUGUGACUUACAUCAACAGUGUGGCAGGGUAUGAAAAAGAUUCAAAUUUGAAUGACUACUUGUUCAAGAAAGGUCAAAACAGUCCAGGGCUGUACAAUCUGGAGUAUGCUGUAGGUGCAGAUUUUACCAGGCAUCAGAACGCAGUGAUGGCGACUGGUUAUUUCAACAACCAGGGUUAUCAUGCUCCAGCCAUUUCCUUGGCAACCUUGGCCAAUGCUAUCCUGCAGUAUGUUACCAAUAAUACUCAGUAUACCCUCACAACUGUUAACCAUCCUCUACCCAGAACUGAAGAACAGAAAAUCCGUGAAGAAACUCAGGGAAGCACUACGGGAUUCACCAUUGCUUUCAACUUUGUCUUUGGGAUAGCCUUCCUCUCCAGCAGUUUUGUCCUGUUCCUGAUCAAAGAAAGGGCCACUAAAGCCAAACACAUUCAGUUUGUCAGUGGAGUUCAGCCCAUUACAUUCUGGGCUUCAACUUUCUGCUGGGAUUUGAUAAACUACAUGAUACCAUGCUGCAUUCUGCUGUUUGUUCUUUGGGCCUUUGAUAUCAAAGCAUAUUAUAUUGAUGCCCACGCUCUUCAUAUACUGCUUCUGCUGUUCUUGCAUGGCUGGGCCAUGCUGCCUUUUAUGUACCUUUUGUCUUUCAUCUUCACAGUGCCAUCAAGUGGUUUUGUUUGGCUGACUAUGUUCAACAUUUUGGCUGGUGAUGCCACAGUUUUAGCUGUUGGCAUUCUCGGAAUUCCGCAGCUUGGAUUAAAGGAGUUAUCCAACACCCUAGAGUGGAUAUUUCUAGUUUUUCUUCCCAACUUCUGCCUUGGGCAAGGGCUGAUGGACUACUAUUCCAACUGGGAAUUCCUGGACAGCUGCCAAGAAUUCAAGCAGUUAUGCUCACUUAUUCCAAAUCCAUGUUGUGGACCAAUAAAUGGUCAGUGUGGAGAACUGGGCUGUGUGUAUUACAACAAGAACUACCUGGGCUGGGAGAAGAAUGGAAUCGGAAGAAUGCUCAUCUUCCUGUCAAUACAAGGAGUCAUGUACUUCAUAAUCCUACUCUUUGUAGAAUCAAACCUAUUCAAGUCCAUCAUUUACUACUUCAAGUCUGGUAAAGCAGAAGACCGAGAUUCACAUUUAUCACCUUCUGAGACGACUCCUCUGCUUCAGGGAGAGCGCCCUCUGAUGGCUUAUCAGUCCAGACAGCACCAGAUUUCUCAAAUUCAGGAAGAUUCUGACGUGGCAGCUGAACGGGAGAGGCUGGCUAAAUCGCAUUUGUUGACAGACUCGUUGAUUCUGCAGGAAGUGACUAAGUAUUAUGGGCAGUACUUGGCUGUCAAUCACAUCAGCGUAGGGAUACCUCAAGGGGAGUGCUUUGGUCUGCUGGGAGUGAAUGGGGCAGGGAAAACUACAACAUUCAAGACAUUGACUGGGGAUGAGAUCAUGACAUCUGGGGAGGCAUACCUUAAUGGCCAUAGUGUCAAGUCAGAACUAGCUAUGGUGAGACAGAACCUUGGCUACUGCCCGCAGUAUGAUGCCCUCAUUGACCAGAUGACCGGCAGGGAGACAUUGUUUAUGUUCGCCAGACUUCGGGGGGUCAAGGAGGAGAAGAUACCAGCCGUUGUAGAGGGACUGAUGGCUGCCCUGCUGUUUGAGGAACAUGCUGACAAAAUGGUCAAAGCUUACAGUGGAGGAAACAAGAGGAAAUUAAGUACAGCUAUAGCCUUGGUCGGAAAUCCUCAGGUGGUAUUUUUAGAUGAGCCAACCACUGGCAUGGACCCUGUUGCUAGGCGAUACCUGUGGAAUGCACUGAUCAGUGUCCGCGACACUGGAAGAACUCUGGUUCUUACCUCACAUAGUAUGGAGGAAUGCGAAGCUCUGUGCACUCGACUAGCCAUUAUGGUGAAUGGGGAAUUCCGCUGUUUGGGAAGCACCCAACAUCUAAAAGACAAGUUUGGCCAAGGAUACACCCUGCUGGCCCGCAUCGCCUUCACAGAGUCUGGGGAAGCCCCUAACCUCCAGCCAUUCAUGACUUUCGUGGAGCAAAAAUUUCCCGGGAGUGAACUGAAAGACAUGCACCAAGGCAUGGUCACCUACCAUAUUGCUCGGAAUUCUCACCUGACACUGGGAGGGAUAUUUGGAAUUCUAGAAGGAGCGAAAGACCAAUUCCAUAUAGAGGACUAUUCCGUUAGCCAGACCACUCUAGAACAAGUUUUUAUUAAUUUUGCUCGCUCGCAAAAACCACCAAAGGAGGUAACUUCCGGUUGCUGUAGUGGAUUCUGCUCUUGCUGCUGUUGCUGCAAUACUCACUCACAAGACGAGUAAAUUUUUAAAAUUUGAAUUUAUCAUUGAAAUUUAACAAAAAUACUUUUUAUUUAUUCAGAAAAUUGUGUGUGCAAUAUAUUUUUAUACAGAACAAAUUUUAGUUAGUGUUUUACGUGUACAUGUAUUAACAUUCCAUUAUUAGAACAUAUCAAUAGAAGGAAUACAUCUUGUAUGCUGUUCUUGCAUAUGGAACUUUUAAAUGAAUCACAUACACAGGGUACAAUAUCUAACUAUUCAUUAAAAAGUACACUUUAACUUGUGCAACAAGAAGAGGAUUAAGAAUUUACAGGGUUUUUUAUAGUUCAUGAUUUUCCUGGAGUUUGUGAUAUUGUCAAGUAAAUGUAUAUCUAUGAAUUUUGAUGUGUUUGAUUAUGGUUAAUGCAUUAUGAAAUUAUGCAACAUCAUAUUUGAAUAUCCCUUCAUUCAAAUGUUCAUAAUGUGAUGCUGGUGUUACUUUAGAAAUGAACAGCAAUUUAAACGGUUCACUGGGAUAUGAACUUGGUUGAUCACGUGAUCAAAUCCUGUGAAUGGUUUCUCCGAAGAUUUAAUCACGUUCCAGUCAUGUUCAUAUCCCGGUGAACUUCUUAACAUUGCUGUUUAUUACUUAUAUAUACGUUUGAAAAAGGUAAAUUGUUCAGAAUUGUUAAAAUAACCGUGAU